UGCGGAAAACCUCGGUCUUAGUAAACUAAAUAUAUCGUUCUACUUUUAUUCGUAUAAAUAUUGUUUUUGUUACACUAUUAAUAAACAUAAUUUACAUACAGAAAUCAAUAAGGCCAUAUAUCUUUUAUAGCUUUUGGAAAAACCACUGCUUCUGCACACUUUAAUGCCGUAUUUUUUUUUUUUUACUAUUUAAUUGAAAAUUAUAGUUAUAAUGAUUCGAUACUUUAAUCAAUAUUCAUUUCAGAAUUAAUCUUUAACUUGUUACUUGUUACUUUGUUUUACAUUUUUUUCUUUAAAUUUGUUUGUAGAGUAGACUUAUUAACCUAACGAUCGUAAUCAACCCCCCCCCCCCCCCCUUGAUUAAAUCUUUUUGUCAUGUUUGUUAUGGAAUGCCAGAUGCUCGACCACCACCCGUGUUCACUUUGAUCUAUUUGUUACUUACAUGUUUAUGAUAGAAAUAUGAUAAACUAAAUUUAUGACCGGGCUGUUAUGAUUUAUCACGUGAUAAAUUGAUGACCGGUUGAUUCCUACAAGUAGCCUCAUCACCUUCGCCAUUUUUAUAUAAUCGCACGUGCGUUUUCAAAAAGACAACAGAAGAGAUCGAGUAACCUCUAGGCCUAUAAAUCCCGUCAUAUUUUUUUAUGUCUAUUGAAGAAGAAUUAAGGAUGGAGAAGCAAAAGAGGACAGAAUUUACUCAAGAACAAGUAAAGAUGUUGGAGGAGGCAUAUGAACAUGGUUUGAGGAAGGGAAAGACUUGGUUGAGUGGUCGCCAGGAAUUGGCAGGGAAAUUAAAUUUAACAGAAGUUCAAGUUAAGAAUUGGUUGGGAAAUCACCACAAGUCCAAAAGUGGACGUACAAAACUUAUUAAAAGGACAACUCUUCCAGCCGUAAGGCCAACUGCUUAUUCCUUAUUUUGUAAGGAGUACUCCAAAGAUCAUCCUGGCUUCAAUCCAUCAGUAUGGAAAAUGGAGUGGGAUUCUGCUGGAGAGGAGGAAAAAGAGAGGUAUGCCAAGAUGGCGAGGGGAAUGGCAGAGGAUGGAGGAAGUGCUUUAGCAGAUGAUCCUUCAAGUCAGAGGAAGACCAUAAGAACCCUCUUGAAGCAACUAGAAUGGACUAGCAAGAGGUUGGAAAUUAUGGGUUUGCCCAAUUUUGCCUUAGUUGCAGAAAAUAAUACUGUUCACAGUGUGGGAACAGGGAGAGGAAGAGAAUUCCUUGAUCAUGAGGAAACUGAACUUAAAUUCAGCAAAUUUUGUAAUCAAGAUUGUUCUACUUUUGAGAAGUCAAAAGUUAAUGAGUUGCGAAAGACAGUUCAAAUUCACAUGAACGAAUUGUACAGAAAGGCUUCAGGCAAAGCAGGGAGCUUCCCUUACAAGAUGGUGAGGAAAGGGGCGAUUGAAGUGGAGGGACUUCCCCGGGAUGUUUUGCCAUUGCACCCGCCAUCCCACUAUGGGGAAGAAAAGCUUCAAUCACUAUUGUCUUGUGCCAGCAUAUCAAUAAAUUUCCCACAGUCAGCAGAGGAACCAGAUACUGUUCCCCAGGAAGCUUUCACUAAGGAACAGUCAGCAUCAUCUGCCUCCUUUAACAUGUCUAUUGAUCAACCCUCUACCUCUGCUAUGUCAACUAGGCCAUCAUCAUCAUCAUCAUCACAACUUACCACCACAGAGAUAGAGGAUAUGGAAAACAACCUUAUUGGCAUACUUGGAGUAACAUCAGAGCUAGGUACUGAUGUGUCUGUGGAGGAAAGGAGUCUUGUCUCUAGUGCUGUAUACACAGAACCAAAUGUUUCAGUGAAGAAAAUUAAGAAAGAGAUGAGAAAAAUGACCAAACGGAAAGGAAAAAGCAAAGGGAAGGGAUCAAUGACAAAACAGAAGAAAAUGGCAAUUGAUGACAAUGAACCAUUCUACUACGUCGAAGAAAUCAUCGACAAAAGGAAGAAAAAUGGGAAAACGGAAUUUCUUGUCAAAUGGGAAGGGUAUGAAGAUCCUACAUGGGAACCAGAAAGGAACAUCCCCAGUCACAUCAUUGAGGAGUUUCUAUAAACAGCCUAUUAUAUUUUUUAUUUAAGGGAAACAAAUUAAUUCAUCCUCCUGUAUAGCAUAAUUAUAUAUAUACCAUGUAUAUAUACCAUAUACCAUCUAAUUUGCAAAUAACAACUAUGUACAUGCUAGGAAGUGAACAGUUAAUUUUAAAUGUGUAAAUUUAAAAAAUAUUAUUUCUACUUCGCUCUCUUUAAUGUAUAUAUGUAUACCGGUAUCUGUUUUAAAUUAUAGUGGGCUAUUCAUAUAUCACAAUACCGGUAUGUUAUGAGAAUAUAUUGUCAUUAUCAUGUGUGGUUUAUGAAGUUGUCAUUUUUGAUGGAGAGAAUAAUUUAAGCUUUUAAGUUUAUUUCAAAACAGUAGCAUCAGUAUCUUACUUUAAUUAUUACCUCUAAAGGAUUUACUUUAAGGUCAGACGACACUUUCCUCGAGCAUCUUUUUUGUAUCUCCUCGUAAUAAAGAGUUCCAAAAAAAAUUAUUAUUUAUAAUCAUUUUUAAAUGAUUUAAAUUUUUAUUUUUUGCAUUUGUAAACCUAGAUGGCCGAGUGGUUAGAGCGGUGGCCGCCAACCGCUAGAAGUGUAGGUUCCAUGGGUCGUGAGUUCAAACACCAUCUCCGGCUGUAUUUAUCAAUGUAUAAAUUUUAAUAUCAGCAAUUCAAGUGUAUUUUAAAAAGAAUUUAAGGAAAUUGCAUACUUUAGUAUUUUGCAGAAAUUCCUGGUAAGGUAUCCUAAUUUUUGGCAAGAAAGCUUCUCAAAGUAGUUGUAAAUCAAUAACAAAUUCCUGGAAAAAGUUUUAAAAAAUUGAGGAACGUGUCGUCUGACCGUUAUUACCACAUUUACCAGUAGUCAGUGAUUUUUUGAUAAAAAAAAAUGUAUAGGCUUAGAGACCAUUUCUUUCUGUUCCUUUACAUCAUUAAUAAUACCUUUCAAUGAAGAUUCAAGAAUACUUCUUGUUUUUAUUGUAAAAAGUUAAAUUAGUACAAACCUGUGCAGAUGUCAUACUUUCAAAUACCGGUACUUAUAAUUGUCACUGUGUUUGUUUUCUUGCUAAUGAGGCAAACAAUUACUUGUGUAUAUCUAACUGUACACCUAUGAAUAACUUUUAAAAUACUUGUAGUUAUUGAUUAAUCAAUACAUGUAUAUUUGCAAUAUGAAAUUGCACUGAUUUUUAGUUAUUACACCUAUAUUCUAUAAAUGAUGAAGUAUUUGUUGUUCUUGUUUAAUCAAAAUCAAUAAAUGUCUUAAAUAUA